AUGAUUCAAAAUCAUCGAUUCAAUAAAACUUUCACAUUUGAGGACACAAUACAAAUACCAUAUAUGCUUGGAUAUGUGCAAUAUAUUACUGAUAUUAUCUUCGUCUACAAGUAUGGUAGACAGUCAUACAUUGACUAUUUUAUCACUUAUGAUCAUAUCGACAGCAUCCUCGGUAUGCCUCAUAACAAAAACAAUAGAAACUGCAUCACGCGAAUAUCUCUUAUCUUCGUAUUUAUCGCUAUGAUAUUAUUAGUCAUCGAUUUCAGCACUUGGUUGGUCGACUUGAAUUGUUUAAUGAUCAAUGUUUAUUUCAUAGAGGUUAUUUAUAUCGUUAUGAGAAUACUAACUUCUCUGGACAUUAUAUCAAACUGUAUCCUGGUAAAAUAUCGCCUGGAAGCCAUUGGUGAUAUACUCCAAAAUUAUUACUAUGAAAUCGAUAAUUUACCGGGUGUAAUAAAAGAUUUUUUAUAUGAUAAGGCAUGGAGCAGUUCACAAGAUAUUAGAAAAUCUGAUCAUCUGGAUUCCUCGAAAACUACUUCAAACAGCCGUUCUGACAUUAUAAUGCGGUUGAACAGAUCUUAUAUUCUCUUAAACGAGCAAUGUGACUUUAUAAAUAUGAAAUAUGGAUUCAGGGUAUUUCUCAUUUGUUUACUGUAUCUGCUGGACAUGGUACUGAUGACGAAUUUGGUGAUAAGAGUUUUCCUUGGAACUGUGAUAUUACCAAAGAAAUCCACGUGUUUAGCAAUUAUUUCGACAACAGCAAAGAUUUUUAGCGACAGUAUGGUACUUUUCUGUGGAAUCUAUUACUGUGAGCAGAACUACAGACAGACUGAAAGAAUUAUCCGAAUAAUAGAUCACAUCCUUAUCAAGAAGAAAAUAUCAAAGGAGAUACAAGAAACCCUCAGGGAUUUCAAGAGUCUGAUCAUGUCAAGACCUAUCAACUACCACGCAAUGAACUUCUAUCGGCUCAACUACGCGACUAUAGUUUCAAUAUCAUCAGUUAUCGUGACAUAUACAAUAAUUCUCUUGCAAAAUUUAUAA